UCCUCCCCGAGCAUCCACCCCAACAAUGGCUUCCGCGACCGAACCCUCUAAGCGCGAUUUCGAUCAACCUAUUCCAGUUAGGAUAUUAAAAAAGGGCCCGGAUGACUGGUCGGGUUUAACGGACGCAAAGGAACGACGACGGAGACAGAACCGAAUAAACCAGAGAGCUUAUCGCCAACGUAAACGAACCGAAAAGCUCGGCUUGACCAUCAAAAGAGAAGAUACAGACUCCAACUCCACCACAGCGCCCUCCUCAUUCUCAUCCCAAUCACCACCCACCACCACAACCCUCAUCCACGCCCGCAAAUGCCCCUCCGUCGAACAAACCGAACACCUCCUUGACCUCUUUAGCAAAACCGCCUACCAAAGCUACGUCCUCGGCUCGCCCACCUCCGACCACCUCCUCACUCUCUCCAAAGUCAACGUCUUCCGUGCCUUCGCCUCGAUCAUGUCCACUCUCGGUCUGUACCAGGAUAAGGGAUGGAUGCAUGACGACGCCAUCUCCCCCUUCACCACCCUCCGCCCGGGCUACGUCCUCCCUACCUCCCUACCGCCCACACUCCGCCCCACCCCCACCCAACAAUCCAUCCCCCACCACCCCUGGCUCGACUUCUUCCCGCACCCGCACAUGCGCGACAACCUCAUCCGCGCUGGCGAAACCUUCGACGACGAGCAGCUCUGUGUCGAUAUCAUGGGGUUCUGGGAUAUGAGCACAGAAAGCUGCGGGCUGUUAGUCUGGGGGGAUCCCCAGGAUCUGAACAGUUGGGAGGUCAGCGAGGCGUUUAUCCGGAAGUGGCCGUGGGUACUGUGGGGAUGUCGGGAUCUUUUAGUUUCCACGAAUCGGUGGCGGGCGUUGAGGGGGGAGAAGUUGAUUUUUAGAUAUCUAUAACAUUCAUUCUGUACCUAUUUUUUUUUUCUUUUUUUUUCUGUAUUAACUUUGGCGGUGGUGUUUUGGGAUAUUUUACAUUAUUUUUAGGAAGGAUGAUUAGAAAUAUGGUUCACUUGAAUUUUAAGAUCGGCAUUGAGAUCAUUUUGACCUUUAUUCCCGGCGAUAAUGCACCUUGCUUACGCGCUAAGACCACUU